UUUUUUUUUCCUUUUUCAGUGCAUAGUCCUUUUUUAACAAAUUAUGGCCGAAAUUAGAAGAAAGCUAGUUAUUGUUGGUGAUGGUGCUUGUGGUAAAACUUGUUUGUUAAUUGUCUUUUCAAAAGGCACUUUUCCUGAGUUUUAUGUUCCUACUGUUUUCGAAAACUAUGUUGCCGAUGUUGAGGUAGAUGGUAAACGUGUUGAAUUAGCAUUAUGGGAUACAGCAGGUCAAGAGGAUUAUGAUCGUCUCCGUCCUCUUUCUUAUCCAGACUCACAUGUUAUCUUGAUUUGUUUCGCUAUUGAUUCACCUGAUUCAUUAGACAACGUUCAAGAAAAGUGGAUUUCUGAAGUGCUUCACUUCUGUCAAGGACUUCCUAUCGUCUUGGUCGGUUGUAAGAAAGAUUUACGUAAUGACCCUGCAACAAUUGAAGAAUUAAGAAAGAACUCUCAAAGACCAGUUAGUUAUGAAGAAGGAGCUGCUGUUGCUCAAAAGAUAAGCGCCUACAAAUAUUUUGAAUGCUCCGCAAAGACGGGAGAAGGAGUUCGUACUGUAUUUGAGGAAGCAACUCGUGCUGCUUUAAUGGUUAACAAGAAAAAGAAGAGUAAGGGUUGCACUGUGUUGUAAUAAAUUAAAUUAUAUCCUUUUUACACUUUUCUUUUGAAAUAAAUAUUCUCUCUUC